UUUACUCCCAUAUAUCCAUCCGGGAUAUAUCAACCUAAUCCACAUUCACCCUACCAACGUCACAAUGUCACGCCCAACCCUUUCCUACGGCCUCAACCUCUCCAACAAGAAGCCCCAAGGCCUUUCCCUGGCCAAAGCCACCACCUCCACCAACAACCCGCAAAAGCGCAAAAGGACAAUCUUUGACUCAGAUUCCGAAGAUGGCGACGCCCAAAAAGAAAGCAACGGCUCCAUAGAAAUCACCACCAUAGGUGGUCUCAACAACAGCAACAACAACGAUGAUACGGACAACGGAGGCCCCUCCGGGAAAAAACCCGCUACCUCGAAAAGAAAAAACCCUCCACAGCUCAACAACUACUCAAACCUCUCCAGCCUCCACAGUAGCAAAAAGCACGCCCAAACCGCCGAAUCUCUCGACUCAUCCAUCUACGACUACGACGCUGUCUACGACUCCCUCCAUGCCAAACCUUCCUCCACCGCCGCCGCCGCCACUGAAACCUCGACAUCGAAAUACAUGACCGCCCUACUCCGCAGUGCAGAGAUCCGCAAGCGCGACCAGCUGCGCGCGCGCGAUAAACAGCUCCAACGCGAACGCGAAGCAGAAGGCGAAGAGUAUGCGGAUAAGGAGAAGUUUGUUACGGCGGCGUACAAGGCGCAGCAGGAGGAGGCGCGGCGGAUAGAAGAGGAGGAGGCGGAGAGGGAGCGGGAGGAAGAGGAGCGGCGGAAGAAAGGCGGCGGGAUGGUGGGGUUUUACAAGAAUAUGCUUGAGCGGGAUGAGAGGAGGCACGAGGAGGUGGUGAAGGCAGCGGAGUCCGCGGCGGCGAAGAAGAGAGGUCCGACGGAGGAAAGGGUGGAGCAAGAGGAAUUGGUGGAAGCGACGGAGAAGAGCGAGGCGCAGAUUGCGGCGGAGCUGAAUGCGCGGGGCGCGAAUAUCAUUCUUAAUGAUGAGGGGCAGGUUGUUGAUAAGCGGCAGUUGCUUACGGCCGGGUUGAACGUUUCGCGGAAACCCGAGAAGGCGAAGGGGGCGCCUGCUGCGGCGGAUAAAGCGGCUGGGUCCGCUGGGUGGGGCGUAGAGGGGAGAUGGAACCGGCCGGAUGCUGCUGGUUCCGGGCGUGCGGGUCAGCGGGCCAGACAGACGGAGAUGUUGGCUACGCAGUUGGAGGAGAGAAUGCGGAAGGAAGAGGAGGAGAGAGAGGCGAAGGAGAAGGAGCUCGCAGCGAAGAUGAAGAGUUCGAAGACGGCGGGUGAUGUGCAAAGUGCACGGGAGCGAUAUCUCGCUCGGAAGAGGGAGAAGGAGAAAGAGGGGCGCCAAUAAAGUGAAUGCAAUUUUGGGGGCUGGGAGUACUUGGGGAUUCUUGUUCACCGGUAGAUAGAUGGCAGCGGGAUUUGCGAUAUGGCAUCUGCUAGGUAGUGCACCUGUACACAAAGAUAGCCUUUUUAUUCUUUCAUAAAAAAAUCUUGUAGUAUC